AUGGAUUCCGCUACGACGGAUCGCCACCAGUUUGUAUCGGCCGAGAUGGAGGACUACCUGGGCCAGAUGCGCAGUAUCAGCCAGCAGCAGAAGCUCGUGGAGACCAACAUACGCGCCCGGUUCGCGCAAGCCAUCGCCAACGGCUUCGAGCGCCGCACGGCCGACGAGCUGAUCUCGCUCGACGCUGAGGACGAGCGGCUGGGCCAGGAGUACGUGCGGCUCCACGAGCUCUACAAUUCUGCCGCUCUCGACGAGCGGCGCAGCCAGAUGCUCCUGGCAGCACGCAACGCCGGCAAGACCAACGUCUUUCCUUCGCCUCAUCCACCCCUCGCUGCUCGCCCCAUGAGCGAGAGGCACGCUUACCUCUUGCCCAGCACACCACCUACCAACCAUUGUAUUGACUGGGAGUUGGCGCGUGACGAGAUCAAGCUUGAGGACGUCACACUGGGCAAAGGCGCGUUUGGCACGGUGACCAAGCUGGUGGUCUCAACUGGCGUACAUCUGCGCCAGGGCGUACUGCGGGGCAAGACGGUGGCGGUGAAGUCGUUGCCGAUCGUGUGGAGCCGCAACGGCGAAAUCGGCCAACGCACCACCGAGGUGCUCAACGACUUCCGUAACGAAUGCGCCGUGAUGAGCAAAUUGUUGCACCCGAACGUGUUGCUGCUGAUGGGCGUCUGCAUCGAGCAAGCGACGGACACGCUGCUCAUGGUGACCGAGCUCAUGGAGAACGGAUCCAUGUUCGACCUGCUCCACCGGGGCAAGACGCGGCUGGCCUUCAAACAGCGGAUGCGCGCCGCCAAGGACUGCGCCCUCGGCAUGAACCACCUCCACCUCAACAAGCCCCACCCCAUCCUGUCGCCGGUGUACGGACUGAAGGACACGAAAAGCGUGGGCGGCACGCCUUUCUACAUGUCGCCCGAGGCGCUCAAUGAGCACCCUCCCGAUGCCAAGUCCGACGUCUACGCGUUCGCCAUCAUACUGUGGGAGCUGGUGACACAGAAGGUGCCCUACACGGACGAGAAGUUCCGUACCGAUGCGCUCGGCCUCGCUCAGCUCUACUGUCACGUCGUCGAGGAGAAGAAACGACCAGUGGUUCCGCAUGAUUGUCCGCCGAAGCUGGCCAAGUUGAUUGAGCAAUGCUGGGCGCAUGACCCCGCCGACCGGCCCACGUUCCAGGAGAUCCUCGACUCCCGUAUUCUCGACGAAGUGGUGCUGGACGAUGCCAUAUCGGAGGUGAACGCGCUGGGCCGUGCGUUCUGGCGGGACUCGUUCGUGCACCAGAAGGAGCUGCUGCUGGCGGUCGAGUGGCCCGUGUUUGCGCGUGCGCUGGCGUCGUGGUGCGGCAUCAGGACUGCCGACGGCGAUUUGGAAAAGGACAUCCGAUGGAAGGCCCUCCACAUGGUCCUCGUCCCAGAUCACACGUCACAGGUGACGCUGGAGAGGUUCAGUGCGGUGCUGGAGUGGUUUGGGCCGUUCGCCAAGGGCGACAAGCUGUUUAAGAACGUCCUCACCACGAUCCGCAUCAAGGGCUUCUAUGGCGACGCGUCGUCGGAGCAGAUGGGCAUCUUGCUGGCGGGCAAGGCCGUCGGUUCGUACGUCAUCCGCUUCAGCGGCCUGCAACCGGGCUUCUUCACCAUCACCACUCUCGCCUCCAAAGACAACAUCCAGAGCUUCCGCAUCAGUCAUUCGCCGGGGCGGGGCUACUGGCUGAAGGAGGACCAGGUGUUCCCCACGCUGAAGAAGCUGGUCAAGACCUACCAGGCCACCCUGGGCCUCCUCGCGCCGCUGACGGGGUCCAAGUACCGCCAGCUGCUGGUCGAGUUCCGGGAGGGCGAGCGAGACAACGUCUACGACGUGCUCACCCCCGCGCCCGUCGACCUGCUGCCCGUCCUCUCCCCUCGCUCGUCAGUCCCUCCCGCGAAACGGCCGUCCGCCACCUCCUCCCCAUCCGGUAGCAGGGAGGUGGCGGCCCUGUCGAGCAGCAAGGAGAAGAAGAAGGAAAAGGAGAAGGAAAAGGAGAAGAAGGCGAAGAAGGAGCACAAGGCGGCCCUGUCGAGCAGCAAGGAGAAGGAGAAGGCCAAGCAGAAGAGGAAGGAGGAGAAGGAGAAGGCCAAGACGGAGAAGAGCAAGGAGACAAGCCUGCGGAAGAGCAGCAAGAAGCCAACAAACAGCCUGGGCGACUAG